AUGUCCAAAUAUGAACGGUUUGGAAUGCUUCCCAAAGAAACUAUUCAGGAAAUGUUUACUCGAUUUACUAACAUAACUAACAAAUUGGUUUCUCUUGGAAGAAGUAUACCUACUGAUGAGCAGGUAAGAAAAAUCCUAAGAAGCAUGCCACAAGACGAUCGUUGGAGAACCAAGGUUACUGCACUGUUCGAAACUAAGGACUUUACCAAGUUCAACAUCGAACAGCUAGCAGGUUCCUUGAUGACCCACGAACUACAUCUUGAUGAUGUUGUUCCUGAGAGUUCCAGAAACCGAGGAUUAGCUCUAAAAGCUGAGGAACUCGAAGAGUCAGAACCAGAUGAAGAGGAAGCUGCCAUGCUGGUAAGGAGGAUGAAAAUACUCUACAGGAACUUCAAGCCAGGGAACCAAAAGGGAAGGAACUUUGCAAGAAAAAUAGACAGUUCCAAAACCGAACAAGGCUGCUUCAAAUGUGGUGAAACUGGUCACCAAAUUCGAGACUGCCCUCAGUGGAUAAUGACAAAGGAAAAGGAAAGGCAAGGAAUAAUCAAGGAACGUUACAAUAAAUCCACCUUUGCCAAACCUAACUUCAAGAAAGCCAUGAUAGCUGUGUGGGGUGAAGCAACUGAUUCUAAAGAUGAUGAGGAACAACUAAGUGAAGAAACUGCAAAUCUAUGUCUUAUGGCUAAGAUAGACGGAACUGAACAAGUUCCAUCAAAUGAGAUGAUUUUCAAUCUGACAGCCAAAAAGCUAAUUAGUCAUGAUGCUGAAACCUCUUCAGAAAAUCUAAGGGAGAAUUUUGUUGCUUUCAUUAAGGGAUUAAUCUCCUUCCCUUUGGACAUUCCUGGUACAACAUACCACGAAUGUUUACAGGGAAGAAAGAAGGCAAUGAAGAUGCUGAAAAAUAUGCUACAAGAGAGAAGAAUGAUGCCCAGAAAACAGAACACCGACUUUUAUGAUUAUGUCUUAGUGGAACUGGCAAAGGAGGAAACACUACUAACAGAGGGAAUUGCUUUGGACUUGAUGUUUGUGCUUCUCUUUGCUAGCUUUGAGACAACCUCCUUGGCUUUAACCGUAGCCUUAAAAUAUCUCUCAGAUUAUCCUCUGGUGCUACAAAAACUAACGGAAGAGCAUGAGGCGAUUUUAAAGAAGCGUGAAAAUCCUGAUUCUCACCUUACAUGGAGUGAAUACAAAUCAAUGACAUUCACUUUUCAGUUUAUCAAUGAAACAGUUAGGCUGGCAAAUAUAGUUCCAGGAAUAUUUAGAAAAGCAUUGAAAGAUGUCAGCUACAAGGGUUACACCAUUCCAGCUGGUUGGGGUGUCAUGGUCUGUCCUCCAGCUGUACACUUAAACCCUGCUAUAUAUGAAAAUCCCCUUGACUUUAAUCCAUCGAGAUGGGAGGGAGGAGAAAUAAAUGGUGCAUCCAAACAUUUCAUGGCUUUCGGUGGAGGCAUGAGAUUUUGUGUUGGGACAGAUUUUACCAAGGUGCAAAUGGCUGUAUUUCUACACUGCUUGGUUACAAAGUACAGGUGGAAUCCAGUAAAAGGAGGGAACAUAGUUCGGACCCCUGGCUUACAGUUUCCAGAUGGAUUUCAUGUUCAAUUGUCUGAGAAAAGGUCAACAGAAACAUAAACUAUCAAUUGAUUCUGCUCCAGAAAUAUAGUUGUUACAAGUGACUUGAGCCGCAAUAAGGAAACACAUCAAUACAAACAUAACAGGAGAGGAGAACAAAUAUUUACAGUUUCUCCACCAAACAAGAGCAAACCGUGAAUAGCUUUCUUGUAAUCGUCAUAGCUUUUGUAUACAUUGUCUAUUUUUUACCCCUCAUCUUCUCGUCAAUAUGUGAAAGCACAUAUGAUUUGGGGAAAACCGGGUUAGAUGUCUUACAGCAUGUAAAAUCAUUAUUGAAUUCAUGUCACCUCUCAUGUUGCAAAUGUAUAAAACAUCAAUACCAAAAUACAAAUAUCCCUAGCAUUAUACUAUAGUCUCUGCCAAUUAUUAUGAUCGAGCUACUAGAUUAACUCAAUGAAAGAACUGUAAACCGUACAGAACUACAGAUAGUAUACAACUGAACAUAAAGCACCAUAGUAGUAUGAUUAUAUUUAAACCCCUUCCUUU